AUGGUAAGCAGUGAAGAAGGGGGCUAUAUGAAAGAUGGUCAAAAUGAAGUACUUCGACUCAAGCUACGCGAUGAAGACUGUCAGAUUUACCUGGAGCACGAAUAUAUUUUUGACGACGAUGCAAUAUUAUAUCACUAUAAGGCUUCUUUUUAUAACCCAGAUAAUAACGUCAUAUGGGAGCAAGAGGAGGAUGUUAUCCCUAGGCUUGUCGCAGAAAAGCUCUAUGUGUCUCUUGCCUUGUAUCUUGGCCUCGGUCACUGGCUUCUGAUGUCGGGUUUUAAAGAAACAUUUCCAUGGUCCAUAGGCUACGAUAGGGACCUGCAUACCCCUGCAACCACUGCUGAAGUCGCUGAUGUGAUUUCUCACCUUACCAUGACCGCUGUGGCAGCAGCAGACCAGAGAAUAAAGUCCCAGCCAGGAGAACUUUCGCCUUCAGGUCUGCCUAGUGCUCGAAUACCUGUCGAUACUUUGAGGAGGACAUUCCAGCUGAAGAUUCAAUGGGCUAUACAAUUGCGAUACUUGUCGCGAUCCCCGCUUUUCAGUUGA